AUUAAUAUGAGAAUCAAACAGCCAAUUAGCAGUUAACCGUAAAUAAUUUCCACUUUCUCCAUUGAAACCUCUCUUUUCCAUUCUCCCUCUGGGAUCUAUCGAUCGCCUUGAUCAACCUCAAUUUGGGGUCUCCCACUGCAGUUAAUUUAUCUGAAAUUUCUGAGUUAUAUUUGAAGGCCACAACUGGGAAAGGAGUCGAUAUUUGGAUGACAAAAAGGCAUCACCCAACAAAAUAGUAAACCACCAAGAUAGGCCAAAGGAGUAUGUCACACGGUAAUUAUAUAUUUGAUUUGGAAGCAGAUCAGCAAGGUCAAGAGUUCUUUCAUUCCGAGCCUUGCAUAUUUUAUGGGAGCUUAGCGGCUUUACCACAGCCUAAUGUUCACACAGUAAUACCAGCUCCUGGAAAUGCUGGUAAUAUCUAUUUGCACCAUCUAUCAGACCAUCAGCAUGGGGUGACACAGUACAAUGCGGUUCAACAUCAGCAUCCAACCACCAAUCUUGACCUUGCCAUUUCUGCUUCGUCAAAUCACUACAAUCCCUACAUGGCUGUUCCAUCUGCUUCUAGAGAUUUCCCCAUUCCAAUAAAUCACGGGCCACAUGAUCAGCUUCAAUCAAGCUCUCACAACAUCCUUGGAAUGAAUUCAGACAGCUAUGGAAGGAACAAUCGUUACAUGGACGAUAUGGGAAGCUCAUUUAAGAGAAAGAAUGCUGAAGGAAUCCCUGUGAAUCUUCAAUAUCAUCAUGCUUUGGCAGGCUCCAGUUCUUCUGUUGCUCCAGUGAUUACAAGGGCACACGAAUAUGAUGUCUUAAUUGAUGCUGCAUCAUUUACACCACCAGAUUAUGGAGGCAAUUCAUCAUCAUUCAUUGGAGAUGGAGCACCGAGAAGUAUGAGUAACAGAUCUGGUGCUAGUGGUCCAGAUAACGUCGCAGCACGUAACCAUAAUCAUCUCUUUCAAGGAAACUAUGCAGGUCAAGCCCAUCAGUUGCCUGGCAAUCCUUGGUUGGACCGGCAGUUCAACAGCAAUGGUAGUGAGGCUCAAACUUGGGCCUGGAAUCAUGCUGUUCCUUUACCCUAUGUACCUGAUGCUGGAAACACGGGUGUGCAGGGUUAUCAAAUAACAUCCAGCAAUGGAGGUUUGAAUAGUUUUCAACAUCCACCCAUUCCUCAAGGGCACCCAAGCCUUCAUCAUCUGCCACCUAAUUUUCAAGGAAUGAGAGGACAGGCUAUCACCUUCCCUCCACAAAUGACAGCAUCCUCACGCAGACACCUACCAAAUAAUUCCUCCAACAUCACCACCAACCUAUUGCAAGGCGCUGUAGAGGCAGGACCAAUAUAUAUGCCCUCGCUACCAACUGGCUUUGGGUUGUACAGACCUCAUCAAAGGGCUAUUGUGCUUGAACGGAAUACUAGACAUCGGAACCUUCCUAAUAUGAGAGUUCUGCCAGAAGAUGGAGUGGCAAUGCUGGAUAUUCCAGUCUACCAUGAAGUUAAUAAUCCCCCCGUUGAUCAGCACAGAGAUAUGCGUUUGGACAUAGAUCACAUGUCCUAUGAGGAGCUUCUUGCACUGGGGGAGCAGAUUGGCAAUGUAACAACUGGAUUAUCAGAUGAAAUAAUCAUUAGCCAUUUGAAAACAAGAAUAUUUUCGCCCACUGGGAUUCCUUGCACUCUGGAAAGCGCUGCAUGUUUGGAUCACGAAACUGAUUUCUGUGUCAUAUGCCAGGCUGAUUACGACGACCAAGAAAAGAUAGGAACUCUUGACUGCGGACAUGAAUAUCAUGCGGAGUGCGUAAAGAAGUGGUUGGUUGUGAAGAACACUUGUCCCAUCUGCAAAUCCACAGGAUUGUCAAUAGCAGGAAAGAAUUUGUGAAUACAGGGAGUUGGUGGAUGAAUAAUUUGGAAGAGUGGGACAUUUUGCUUCUCUUGCUAAAUAUUUAUUCUCUAACAAGAGGAAACGUUCGUGAACCUGUAUUAUAUAUAUAUAUGUUGUAUAUACUUGGCUAGAUUUGAGUAGAUGUCCAAAGAAUGUACAUGGUGACCUUAAUUUUGUCACCUGAAUUUGUACAGACCUCUUAAUUUUGUUGAACCGUGCAUAAUUGUGAAUUUGUACAGACAUGUAACAUUUUUUUGGUUCGACCACGCCUGAUUAUUGUAUCCUUUAUGGAUUAAUGUGAUGUGUUGUGUAUGAUGGAGAUAUCCAGAAUUAAAUGGUGGAUUCAAGUUAGCAGAUUUGUA